AUGCGCGCGCUCCUCAGCCAACCCUUGCAAAGAGUCCCUUCUAAGGAGUCCCUUAUGAGCGAUCCUUUACCUAUCCGUAGCCCGCUGAAUACCAACAGUAGUAUCAAAGAUUAUUCCUACACCUCACCCUUAUCGGCAACGGGGUCGGACUAUCCUUGCAAGGGCUACGCUCGCGAUCUCUUCGACUCAGUUGCCGAGUAUACAGCCGGACAGGAAUAUGCAAUCACUCUAGCCGGAACCGCAACUCAUGGCGGUGGGUCAUGCCAGAUUUCCUUGUCGUAUGACAUGGGUGAGACGUUCCGUGUCAUCCACUCCAUUCUCGGCCAUUGCCCGGAACCUCUCCAUUAUUCCUUUCGAAUCCCGGAAGAUGCACCGCAUGGGCCGGCCCUGCUGGCAUGGACCUGGUUUAACAAGAUUGGAAACCGGGAAAUGUACAUGAAUUGCGCGCAAGUGACAAUUCAGUCUCCUAUAUCAGAUGUCGGGGCGCUGCAGGGAGAGAUGCAGCAGGCUUCAUGGCUGGAGCGGCCCCCCAUCUUCCUCGCCAAUAUCAACGGCGAGGGGCAGUGUGUCACAAUCGAAGGCGAGGAAGUGAGUUUCCCGAUGCCGGGUGAUAGUGUCGAAGGCACCGUUGCUGGUGGAACUGGGUAUACAUGCAGCAGCUCAGCUGCCUUUCUAAGCAAGGUUGCCAGCUCGCCUUCUUCGAUGGCGUCUUCUAUCCCCCUGCCAGCCCUAACUACGACUAGGCCUGGGAUCAUACCACCAGGAGAAAACACAUUGAGCACGCAAUCGGCACCCUACACGGUCACCAAGAAGGACUCUAUUUCAUCCACGAUUCCUGCUGAUUCUACGGGGUUAAGAUACUCGACAGGAACUGGCACUAAGCCCGAUAUAACUGGGCAUGUCUGCACACCUGGAAUAGCGGUGUUGCGUCUCACUAUCACCAGUGAGGGCAGACAAGCGUAUGAUCCCACUGCAGAAAAAGGGUUUAUCACGGUGCAAUCCGGCCAGGGUGCUGCCGUAAUCGAUGAUGGUAUAGUAUCAGCUAUUAUAAAGACAAACACUGCCCUGUCAUUAUCAGAGAUGGCUACCGUGACGUCCAUGUUUGGUAUAUUCGUGCUGGUGGCUGGAAUGCCACCAAAGCCAAGCAAUGAUGCUUCCCGGCGCCAGGAGUAUCUCCCCGGAGUUACUAUCUCUAAUUAUCUUGCUAAGGAUAUCUUUGCAUGGUCGGUCUCUAACACAACUGGUCCAAUGAUCGUAAUUCCCUACCAGGAACAGUAUUUUGAGUCGUGGAGAACCAGGGUGGAUGGUGGCGGUAUUUCAAUCAAACUAGCCACUGAGCCAAAUCAACGCAGUGUUCUGCAAUUUGAGUAUACCAAAAUGGACGCGAUCAUCUAUUGGGAUGUGUCAUACAUCGACCUGGACCACGAUUCCGAUCUUUUCCAACAUGAUAUAACGGUGACGUCAAAUGACCCUUCUUGUCCAGUGGUGAGCUGCGCUGCCGGGGUCUAUGAGUGUCAUGAGGUCUACAUGCACCCAGAUGACAACUACGCUACGCAUGGGUGCGCAGUGCAAACCCAUCUUGGAUUUUCUAUUGGCAGCCGCAGUGAUUCAUAA